AUGGAUCUCCCUGGGCUGGAGAGUGCUCAUUGCUGGACAGCUAUUCCUAUCUGCUCUAUCUAUGUUCUUUCUGUGCUUGGCAAUGUCAUCAUCAUGUACAUUGUCAAGUCUGUGCCUAGUCUCCACACGCCCAUGUACCUCUUCCUCUCCAUGCUCUCAAUGGCUGACCUAGGCCUGUCAGCUUCCACACUGCCUUCCAUGGCAGCUGUCUUUCUCCUGGGUCAGAGAAGGAUGGAAGCUGCAACUUGCUUUGUGCAACUCUUCUUCAUUCACACUUUCUCAGUCAUUGAGUCAGCUGUUCUACUGGCUAUGGCUUUUGACCGCUGUGUGGCUAUCCGAGAGCCUUUGCGUUAUGCCACCAUUCUGACAACCAAGCGUAUUGGGGCUAUUGGUCUGGCAAUUGUGACCCGUAGUGCUGCCCUCCAUCUGCCCCUGUCUGUGCUCCUCAGACGUCUGCAAUUCCAGCCUGUGAGUGCUCUGGCUCAUUCCUACUGUGUUCAUCCUGAUGUUCUAAGGCUGGCCACAUCCAGAACUCGUGUGAACAGUGGUUUAGGACUCUUUGUAAUGCUCUCCACUCUGGGGCUAGAUGCUAUGCUCAUUCUCCUGUCUUAUGUGCUGAUCUUGAAGACAGUGCUGAGCAUUGCUUCCAAUGCUGAGAGGUUUAAGGCCUUCAACACCUGCAUUUCCCAUAUCUGUGCUGUACUAUUAUUUUAUACACCAUUAGUCAGCCUGUCUAUGAUCCAUCGUUUUGGGAAGAAGCUUCCAGCACAGGUAUAUAUGCUUCUCUCCUAUCUGCACUUUCUUGUUCCUCCAAUGCUCAACCCAAUUGUCUACAGUGUCAAAACCAAAGAGAUUCGAGUACGCGUUCUGAAGAUGCUCCACUGCAAAAAGUUCUGA